AUGGAACAAGUUAAGAAAAUACUAUUAGAAAAGACAGAGAAGGUUCAACAGGCUCCAACAGAUCCCAAACUAGACAUAAUCAGUGCAGUAGAAAAAGUCCAUGAAGUACUACCAACACAUAAAAAUGAAGAGUACAGUAGGUACUAUGCAAAAAGGAACUGGAGAAAAACACAGCCAACAGCAAAUGUUAGUAAAGAGAAACUCAAAGCUAUCAAAGGUCUAAAAGAAUAUGAGUACAGAUUAAUACUAUCAGCCGACAAGGGCAACGCAACUGUUUGGUUUCAAAAUCGCCGAGCAAAGUGGAGGCGACAAGAAAAAAUGGAAGCGGCUCGAUUAGGACUAAGUGAAUAUCAUGCAGCCACUCUAUCGCGAGCUGGUUCUAGUCUAACUUUACCAAUGGAUCCCUGGUUAUCACCACCGCUGCUCUCAGCUCUUCCAGGUUUCCUUAGUCACCCGCAAACAGGUUACCCAAGUUAUCUCACCUCUCCCAUCGCCGCAGACCCUGGAAGACCUCCAAUGGCGCAUUCUCAUUCGCAUUCGCCAAACAACACACCACCCGACCUUAGAACCACAUCUAUAGCUGCAUUACGUCUCAAAGCAAAAGAGCACGUUGAAAAUAUUACUAAGGGUUUACAAAUGGUUUAAGUGAGUGUGUAGGUAUUAGGCGUAUAUAUUUUAUGGACCGAAGUAGUUUCAAUACAACCAAAUUUUUGGUUCAGACUUAUUAAAGGAUGAUAUGUAAAGUUGUAGAAGUGACGUAUUACAAUUUCUUAUAGAAUGAAUGUCAAAACUUUAAGAUUAUUUUACAUUCUUUAAAAAUAUGACGGUUCACGUGUUCCUCUAAUUACUUCUCUAAAUCGAAAUAUAUCUGUAAUAAUCGAUUUUCUUAUC